UUAUCAUAUUACAAUGUUUGUGUGCCGCACUGCCGCGAUCCAAACACUCGAAACCAGAAAUGACUACAUAACGAAUUAACGAGUAACCAUAAACCAACCAACUACUAACGAAAAACGGCUAACGUUCGUCACUUCGUCAGUCAGUACUCUGAGUCAGAUCAUAGUUUCAUAGUUUCGUACGUUAGUCAAUAGUCGUCUGUGAGUUGUUCACGUUUUGUCACGUCCCGUACGAUUAAUUACUUCGUUUUCCGUUUAUUUCCUCUCACAACCGUACACACUACGCUAUGGCGAUUUCAUUGGAAAUAGACGAAGGUCUGUUCAGAACGUACGUGUUCUACACGGCCGUAUUAGUACUGAAAGUACUCGCGAUGGCCCCACUGACGGCCAAACAACGGUUUGCGAAAAUGGUAUUUGCUAACCCUGAGGAUGCAAAGAUGAAUUCAAAAUCAAAAGUAAAGUAUGAUGAUCCCGACGUUGAAAGAGUCAGAAGGGCUCAUCUCAAUGAUUUGGAAAAUAUUCCAUUCUUUUUAUUUGCAUGUUUUGGUUACUUAUUAACCAGUCCAAAUGUAUACAUUGCUACUAACUUAAUAAGAUUAUUUGUAGCUAGUAGAAUAAUUCAUACAAUAGUUUAUGCUGUAAUCGUUUUACCACAACCAGCAAGAGGAUUAUCUUGGUUUGCUGGAUACGCAACAACUUUGUAUAUGGCUGUUCAAGUUAUUUUAAAUUUAGUUUAAUAUUACUUUAGGAAAAAUAUAAUAAAGCUCAAUAUUUUAUUAUUAGU